ACCUAAAAAAAAAAAAAAAAGAAUGAUACUCAUGUACAUCUAGAACCUGAAGAAGAAUUACAAAGGAAGGCGGUUCAUCUGAACGUAACAGUGGAUGAUGUUCGCAUUGUUACAUCAGCACCGUAAGUGAGAUGAAUGCAAGUAAGAAUAAUAUUAACACACAUUAGAUACAUUGCUAUGAAGGAAACGAUUCGUCUAGUAAAAGAGAAAUAUGGAAGUAUUGAAGGAUAUAUAAGAAAUGAGUGUGGAUUAAGACAAGAAGAAAUACAAGGAAUUAGAGAUUUAAUGAUUGUUCCAAUUCGAUUUGAAGAACGUCAAUUGUUUAGACCAAAGAUUUAACUUGCAAUUUAAUAACAAACUUGGGGUCAGUCCUUUCUUUUAUAACAAUAAUAAUUUCCGUAUUUCUGUUCGUUCUCUGUCUCUUUUUCUUUUUUUUACAUAAAAUGAAUACCCUACAGAAUAAUUCUACACCUUUAGCCUUACAAAUACCAGAGAUCAUAUGUCAAAUAUUGUCAUGGAUCAUCGAAGACAAGUCGAUGAAUAAUACAUAUAAACAAAUCUAUCAAUGCCUAUUCGUCAAUUCACUUUGGCAUGAUUGUACAUCUCGAUACUUGUGGAAGCAUAUCGUAUUUGAAGAUAGCAAAUCAGAAUAUGAAUCAUUUAAAAAGUUUACAUCCACCAUAACUCAAAGCAACGUAAAAUAUUAUAAAGCGAUUCGAUCCAUUCAAUUGCGUAAAAUCAAGGAAAAAUCUCUGAAUGGCCUCUUACAGCAAGUAGCACCGUGUAUCAACCGAUUAGAAAAGCUGGACUUUUAUAUCUGUGAUUACCUUUCGGACAUUUCACUCGACUUGUUUGUGAAAAAUAACGUCUAUUCGACCCUCACUUACAUAUCUUUGGCUGGAUGCAACAAGAUCACGGAUAGUUUUAUCAUGUCUGUUGCGCAUCAUUGUCCAAGACUAUCACACUUGGACCUACGAGCCUGUGGCCAAAUAUCCGAUGCUUCCAUCUCUGUCAUUGCUGAAAAAUGUCGAAACUUACAUCACUUGAAUGUGGGAAGAGUGCGAGAUAGAGACAGAAUAUCGAUCCAAUCUAUUUCUUUGAUUGCAAAAUAUACCAAAGUGGCUGUUCUAGGCUUAGCUGGAUGUGAUAUGACGGACGAAUGCUUGGUGCUGCUUGCUAAGCACAGAGGAAAGAAAUUAGAACGAAUAUCGGUCAAUAACUGCUAUAAACUAACCAACAAGACCAUUCAAGCCUUUGUCAAAUAUUGUCCAAACUUGUCUGUGUUUGAAAUGAAGGAGUGUCACUGGAUUGACGACUGGUCUUGUGUUGCAGAAUUGGUUCAAAGGCGCGUUCUAUUGACUCUAUGUGAUCAACAAAAUAAAGCUUGUGUCGAAUGGGCGCGUAGGCAUGGGAGGGUCAUGAAUGUGAAAGCACCAGUUAAAUAAAAUGGACUUUAUUCCUAUAAUCUAUGGUUUUUUCUUUUUCGUAAUCCUAUAAACAAGUCGAAAGAUGGGUUGCAUAUAUUUAAAGAAUGGGAUAGUCGAUGUCUUAUUGAGUGCGGCGGCAUCUGUUUUAUUAUUAUUAUUACUGGGUGCGACUUUAUUUUCCGUCCUACAUCUUCU